CGUGGUUAAAUGGCGGCUUCCUGAAUGUAAACAUACGUAACGUAAAAUGUUUUUCUAAGCUCUAAGCGUAUUUACCAAAUAUGAUAUAAAACUUGCAGAUCAUUAAUGAAAACUGACAUUAUCAUUGUGGUUACAAAUGUAUUAAAGGAGUUUAAUUAGAUCAUAGAAAUAAUGUCCGAGUCAACUUUAACACCUCAAGCACCUUUAGAUCUAGGUAGGCUAGAGACUGAAGCUAAACUGGCGGCGACCAAGUAUGUGGCCAAUCUGUUACAGAGACCAGACCAGCUAGAGCGAGUUGACCAAUAUAGGAGGAGAGUUGCUAGGAAAAAGGCUUCAGUAGAGGCCAUGUUGAAGACAGCAGUUCAAUCACAAUUAGAUGGUGUUAGAACAGGUCUCAAUCAAUUACAGAGUGCCCUUCAUGAUGUGCAUGAAAUCAAAGAAAGUUUAGACCAAGUAGAUGAGAUAUACAAGUCUCUGAAACCAUUACAAGAGAAGAUAACUACUGUCAGAGAGGAAAACAAAAAUUUCUGUCAGUUAGCUACAGCUAUGGAGAAUUUAAAACACAUAUUUACUGUACCAGAAAGUGUGAGUAAAACAGAAGAUCUUAUCAGUGAAGGAAAACUACUUCUUGCUCAUAAACAUCUUACAGAGCUGGAGACAGCUAGAGAUGAUUUAUUGUUUGAGCUUCAUAAACAACCUCAGAGGAGUCCUACAGAUGAUAAUACACUGAAGAAAUAUUUUGCACAAGUGGAGAAAUUGUCCGUCACUCUAGGGAAACAGUUGUGGAUCAUCUUACAGCGUGUGUUAAUGUCGGUACGACGGGAACCAGCCCUGAUAGUAUCUGCCCUCCGUAUUAUAGAGAGAGAAGAAAGGUUAGAUCAACUAUCACUAACACGUAAGGAGCAGACAGGAUUUAUGCCCCCUGAUCGACCAAAACGAUGGCGAGAUAAAUGUUUCAGUGUGAUUGAGGAAUGGAUCUCUAAUAGGAUAGAGGGGAAUCAGAUGGAGGAUAGAAGUGGUAAUAAGAUGUGGUUAGUACGACAUCUAGAAGUCACCAGACAAAUUAUGCUAGAAGAUCUGAAAGUUGCCAAGUCGUUACUGCCACCUGUGUUCCCGCCCAACUACAACAUUGUCAACAAGUUUGUGUGGAUGUAUCAUAAAGCUCUCUCAAAACACAUACAGGAUAUGAUUGGACAACAGUUAGAGGGCAAUGAGUUUGUUACUUUGUUACAAUGGCUCAAUAGCUAUGAUUCCCCUGAACUGAUGAAGCAUCCAUCACUGAACAUUGAUACGAAAGAUUUGGGACCUCUUCUAGAUAACAACAUGGUGGAGGAAUUACAAAACCAGUACUUGCGGAACAUGAAAUCUAAUAUACAGGAAUGGACUGGCAAUACUUUGAAAACUGAGCAAAAGGAUUGGUUUAAAGAGGAAGGACCGGACCAGGAUGGUGAGGGUUUCUACGUUACAUCGCUGCCUGUGAUUAUUUUCCAAAUGAUUGAACAAAAUAUUCAAGUUGCCACUAUGUUAGGAGAAAGUAUUGUUCUUAGAAGUUUGGAACAGUUUGUGGAUGUUCUUAGUCAUUUUGCUGAGGAAUUGAAAGGUGUUAUUGAUAUUUACAAAGACAGACAUUUACAGGAUAGAAGAGAGCCCAAGUUUUAUCUUCACUACUUGAUAGCAACAGCAAACAAUCUGUUGACGUUUGGGGACUAUAUGAAGAAUCUACGUAAACGUUACUUGAAGACGGAGUUUGAUAAAGAGGAGGAUGAAGAUACAAAUAUACGUAAAGACAGAUUCCAGGUGUUAAAUGACAGAUUUACUACAAUUGCCAUGAUGGUGGUGGGUUAUGUCCUAGAUGAAGUCCUGAUAGAUCUGAGGAGUCAUGAACACUGUUUUAAUGAGUUGAUGACAAAAUCAUGGCAGCAGAGUCCACAGGCUAUUGAAGUUAUUGUUGCCACAUGGCAUGAUUAUGGUACAGAUUUUGUUCAUCUCAAACCAAAGUUGGAACAAACUUUGUAUGAUCAGGCUAAGAAAUGUAUCUUAAAAGAAUAUCUUAAGGCCAUCUUGUCUAGGAAACUGUCUUUCAAACAGUAUGAGGAAAGAAAGAAUGCAGCAGAGAAACUUAUAAGGGAGGCAGAACAGCUUCAACUUAUGUUUAAAAAGUUUAAAACAACGAAACAAUCUGAGGUUACAUUUGCCUGCCUACCAAUGAUGGCAGAGUGUCUGAAACUAAAGGACACUUCAAUGUUGUCUUUGGAAAUAGCUGGAAUAAUGAAGAGGUUCCAGGAUAUAAGACUUGAGCAAAUGAUCAAUUUGUUGUUAUGUCGAGGUGACAUGAGUCGGUCCGAGGCCCGGCAGAUGGUUCUAGAUACUGUAGGGGAAGAAGAGGCCACAAAAGCAAGACCAAAUGGAAUCUUUACUGAAAUUGCUGCUGAGAUGAAAUGAAAAAAAUAGUGAAUUGUAGAUUCUUUGUAACUGGCUGAAUGCCAACUAAAAAUGUAAAGUAUUAGCCAUUUGUAGGUAACGAAACAUUCAAACAGAAAAAAAAUGAGAAAUACAUAGUUUGUCAUUUGAGUCAUAUAAAAAUGGCUUAAUUAUAAAGUGAAAUAAGAUAUUUUGGCCAGUUGUAUCUGGCAGAAUUCUAGCAGUGAAAUAUUAGAAUUAUCACAUAUGUGUGCCAUACAUAAAUGGCAAAAUUGUAACUAUGAAAAAAUAAGGAAAAGUCUCAAAUGGAACAUUUAUAAAUGAUGAAACUGUUACAGUGAAAUACAAUAUAUAUGUCCCUAAUGACUGGCUUUGUAAUAACCACUUAUUAUUGUUGUUGUUGUACUCUGUUUACUGACUAAUAUUAAGUAUAAAGUACUUACUAGUUCAAAUUGGAAACAGUAACAAUUCUAUCAGUUACUUAACAAAAUUAUGCAAUGACCCUCUUUUUGCAAACUUGGAUGUUUGACAGGAUUACAUUAAAGGCCCAUUUUGUUCCAGAAAUGAUUUUUACUUUUAUUACUUAGAAGCUUCUUUUUUGUAUCCUGAAGUUAGUCAUUAGUCAGUAAGCUAAACAAUAUUUUUUGCUGUUGCAUUUUGGACUUUUGCAUUAGCUUGCUAUACACAUGGAUAUGUGCAAUAAUUGAAAUGUUUUUGUUUGUUUUUUGAUUUGCUUUUUUACCAUUUGAAGUUAUGGUUUGCUGUAUAGCAGCUGUGACAUACAUGUAUAUUGUAACAGAUCAUGCAGUAUGGUAAAAUAAAGAGAUUGAAAAAAUACAUAUGAUUUAUAUAAAAUGAGCUGCGUCACAACAAAACGAACAUAAUGGAUUUGCGACCAGCAUGGAUCCAGACAGACCAGCCUGCGCAUCCGCGCAGUCUGAUCAGGAUCCAUGCUGUUCGCUUACAAAUCCUAUUACAAGUAGAGAAACUGAUAGCGAACAGCAUGGAUCCUGAUCAGACUGCGCGGAUGCGCAGGCUGGUCUGGAUCCAUGCUGGCCGCAAACCCAUUAUGUUGGUUUUGUCAUGACACGGCUCAAAUAACAUUGGGAUGUCUAUGAUCUGUAGAAUAUAAGUUUGUAUCAGAUAGACAAUGGUGUUUGUGUCUUGACAAGAAUGAAAGUUCCUUAAUUUAUUCUUGGCAAAAUAGAAAGCUUUUUGAUUGUUACUUAACGAAAUUAAUAGUUUCUAAAUUGAAUCUUGACAAAAUUGAAAGUUCCUAUAUUGUAUCUUGACAAAAUUGAAAGUUCCUAUAUUGUAUCUUGACAAAAUUGAAAGUUCCUAUAUUGUAUCUUGACAAAAUUGAAAGUUAUGAAAUUAAAAGUUGAAAAAUGAGUUGGAUUUUUUGUUAGGGAAUAAUGUGACUUUUUUACAGAUUUAAAAUGUUAAUGUUUUAACUUCAACAUAUUAAUGUAAUAGAUGCUGCAUUGGUAUAAGAUUGUGCUGUAUAUCACUGCAAAUUUUAUUUAUAUAAGUAAUAUCUAAAUGCCUAUUAAAAUUACAAAUUCUA